CUUUCACUUCCAAUCCGGACUCUUCCUGCCGCUGAUCGCCGCCUACCUUCACAGCUUCUCAUAAACCUGGUUUCGUCUUCUUCACUGUGAAAGAUGCAGAACGAUGAGGCUAUAUGGCACGAUAUCAGAUACAUACACUGCUGUUAUAUGGCCAAAAUCGAAACCGGAAUCUUCUGCAGAAACCCUUAUAAUGUAACUGGUAUCUGCAGUCGAAGCUCUUGUCCCCUUGCCAACAGUCGCUAUGCCACCAUCCGUGACCACGAUGGAGUGUUUUAUUUGUAUAUGAAGACUAUAGAGAGAGCUCACACGCCAAAGCACUUGUGGGAGAGAAUUAAGCUGCCUAGAAACUAUGAGAAGGCACUUGAACUCAUUGAUAAGCACUUGUUGUAUUGGCCCGAGAUGUUGCAGCACAUGGUUAAACAAAGACUAACCAAAUUGAAUCAAAUGCGCAUUCGAAUGAGAAUACUUGCUCUCAAAACAAGGGAGAAGAUAAUGUCAAUGCCUAGCCUCAUACUCAUUCAAAGCAGACAGAGAAAGAGUACUCUGAUUCAAUCGAACAGUUUGCUUGAAUAUGCUAAUCAUGGUUCUUGAUGCAAAAAGGUAAUUCAAGAACAUCAUAGUAUAAACAAUCUUUCAUAAAAGGGAAAAAAAAGACAUCUCAGCAUAUUAGCCUUUACUAGAACAAAUACAAAAUCUAAGGCCUUAAAAUUUUGCAUUCUCUAGUUAACUUAAAAAGAAUCAGCACUUCAACUUUCUUCUCAAAGAUUCAGGCUUUGCCUCGUAUCUCC